AUCUUCAAGUGCACAACCACUAAAUAAUUUUGAAACAAAUCAAGUAUCUUCAGUAUCAUAUCAAACCUAGCAGUAUGGCACAAUGGUUCUUGUAGCAAAUAUUCUUCAUAAUGUUGGGGUAAGUAAUACUUCAGCGUAAGCUCGAUCGAAACACUCACAAAUGUAUAGGUUAUGUGGGAUGGGCUAGCGGAUGACAAUCCGGAAGUCGUCAGUUAUCAUUGACCAUUAGACAAAGCAAUUAACAAGCUCAGUCAACAGAACAAGGAGCUGGGAAAGCAAAAUGAGGCUCUUGCAAAAGAAAAUUCUGAUCUGAAAGAACUCCUCAAAGCUAAUAACUUUUCAUGGCUUACGAAACCUGGCUCCAACAUGACAUCUACAUCCCAGAGUCUACCUGCAAGUUCGAGUGGAAACUUGCCAAACGAACUACAACUUCGCAUACUCAAACAUGCCUUGGAAUUAGCACACCCAAUAAUUGACCCAGGAGUUAAGAUCCUUGAGUCUAGUGCCACCGAGUCAGAGCAUGCCGAGCAACAGAACUUUCCCGUUCAGUUUCUGCGGGUAUCAAAGUUCUUCAACGAUGAAGGAGAAAAACUAAUGUUUCGCAACAACGAAUUCAUUUUCACUCAGGUCUUCUCCUUAAAGUGGUUUGUAAAGACACAACCAGAUAUUUGUGCAGAGUUGGAGCAUUUGGAAUUACGUAUUGUCGGCAAAUACUACAAUGAUAGAGACAGCGUAGAUCAUCCCGACGCCCUAGGUCGGUAUUUGACCUCGAAGCUCAAAAUGGAUGUUAUAAAGCGUUGCCCAAGUGUCAAUUUAAGUUGGACUUGUCUGCAAAGCUACUGCUGGCGCCAAAUUUUUGAAUUCCUUCAAGCUCUCCAGUUGCCUGGAAAGCCCACACUCAUGCAGGAGAAAACAGCUUUCAAGAAUUUAAGGUCCAUGGUUAUUGACCUCGCGAAUUUCACAACGAACCUACCUGGUCCUGGUGUUGGUCUGCACAAAAUGGCAAGAGAAAAUCUGGGCCAAAUUCUUGAUGAAAUAUGCAUCCAGGGUUUGCCAAAGUAUAGUAACAGAGCAUUAGCCUUUGAAUGUUUGUCAUAUCUUGUAAGAGAUGGCGGAUUGACUAGUUAUAAACUCGGGCACCGCUUCACAAGCAUCCUGGGAGGUCGUUUCUGGAACCGCUACAUUUAUCAGAGCUUGAAGAAGACUUGAAAAUCAAUCUUGGACAAGCAUUCAAAACACAGCCAGAACACGUUGAUGGGGAAAGUCUGGGGAAGCAUAUUGUGAAAGUACCCUCCAAAACAUUCGCCGGAUAUGAGGGAGAUAAAGUGUAUUUUCAUUCUGCAUUGGGAGCACCUUUUAGGAGUGAGGGAACGGGGAGGAUUGCUGUGUUGAAUUCAGACCUAAUAAAAGCUGUCGAGCUCAAUGGCAUUCAGUUCGAACUAAAUCACGAUCAGGACCUUGAUGAAGAUUUGGAGGAAAUCUAUGGAGAAGAUCUAGUCAACGGCGGGGGAGUUAGCAUGGAAGAAAGCUGGGAUUUUGAUGAAGGUCCGGAUGCUCGAAUAUGUGAUAACUGCAGCGCUAUGUUUGGUUAUCAUUCAGGAGAACGUAAAUCGCUGAAACGAAAUGGCGAAUAUGGAGCUGAAGUUGGAUUUUUUCAGGAGAGAGGCUUACAAUUCGUGUAUGAGAAUGGAGUGCGCGUAGCAUACACGACGUUGGAUUGA